AUGCCAGGAAGUGCAUCAUGGAGCGGCAACCCUUCCAUCAAGGGCUCCACGGAGUCCAUGCGAAUGGUUCUUCUGACGUUCUGCCUCAUUGGACUUCAAUUCACAUGGGGCACUGAGAUGACCUGUAACGUCCCCUUUCCCGGAUCACAUGGCACACCCUACCUCCUACAACUCGGCCUCACGAAAUCGAGGACAUCUCUAGUAUGGAUCGCCGGACCACUAUCGGGCCUAAUAAUGCAGCCCGUCGUGGGCGCAUACGCGGAUAGAUCGACAUCAAGAUACGGCAGACGCCGUCCGUAUAUAAUUGUCGGUGCAGCCAUCACAGGCGUGGGCUUGCUCUUACUGGGCUGGACGUCCGAGGUUGUAGGGCUGUUCGUGCCCGAAGGCGAGACCAGGAACGACGCUACAAUCGUGUUGGCCGUAUUAUGUAUCUACGCGCUGGAUUUCAGUGUGAACGCGGUGCAAGCGUGCUGUCGCAGCUUGAUCGUGGAUACACUGCCUGUCUCGCAACAGCAGGCUGGGUCGGCAUGGGCGUCGCGGCUCACCGCGGCAGGUCAUCUGCUGGGCUACUUCAUCGGCACGUUCGACUUGGUUAAGAUAUUCCCGGGGUGGCUGGGCGGAAACACCCAAUUCAAGAAGAUGACUGUGAUUUCGGCGCUGGCUCUGUGGAUCACGACGGGCGUCACGUCCUGGGCAGUCUCCGAACGAGUCAGACUGGCAGGCGACGAGGACAGGGCUUCGAUCAAGGAUGUUCUGGCGAAUCUGUGGCAUAGAACGCUGAACUUGCCGCCGCGGAUACAGUGCAUCUGUUGGGUACAGUUCUGGAACUGGGUCGGAUGGUUCCCCUUCCUCUUCUACUCUAGCACAUUCGUCGGCGAGAUCUACUAUCGCUACGAACAUCCUGCCCCGGAGGCUGGGUCGAAAGACGAGCACGACGCCCUAGGCAACAUCGGCAGGCUAGGCAGUAUGGCAUUGGUCAUCUUCUCACUCAUCACCUUCGGGUCGUCAGUCCUGCUGCCGUACAUCAUUCGUUCCCCGGAAGCGCCACAGGAGAAGUUCACGCCUCGACCGCCCGCUUCGUUGGCUAAAGCCGCGCAAACGAUUUUGGUCAAAGCGCACAAGUUGCAGCCGGACUUGACAUCUGCGUGGAUGUACUCGAAUUUGCUUUUCGCGGUGAUCACGAUCUACGCGCCCUUCGUCCGCAGUCUUGCCGCUGCUACCGCUCUCGUUGCUUUGUGCGGUGUGCCAUGGGCGGUAUCGUGCUGGGCUCCUUUUGGAUUGCUGGGCAUCGAAAUCAACAAGAACACUGAAGGUCCGCGGGCGAAUGUGCAUGGGUCGAAUGUCCCUGGAUACACGGCUGUUCGGGGCACUGCUGAUGAAGACGAAGACGACGAUAUAGAAAUGGAGGAAGGGCACACCGGCGUGCUGCGAAUCAAUCAUCCGGAUGAAUCUAAUGCUCAUUCGUCUACGGGCGAGCUGGCGGGCAUUUACCUUGGUGUGUUGAACGUCUAUACGACUUUACCGCAGUUCGUGGGCACAUUUGUUAGCUGGAUCGUCUUUUCCCUCUUGGAGCCUGGCGGGAAUGAUCAUGUGGCGGAUGAGGAUCCAGACCAUCAUCGCUGGCUGAACCUCAAGAAAAAUGCGCCAAACGCGAUCGCGAUCUGCAUGUUCAUUGGGGCAUUGUGUUCCGUGGUCGCAGCGGUAAUGGCGAGGCGACUGAAAAAGUUGCUUUGA